UCCACCCAUCUUUGCCCUUUCUCGCCUUUCAGAAAUGUCUCUGAGAGAAAUGCCCUCUGGAAUGAAGGAUGCGACCCCCAAGUGAAGUCAGACCUGGUGUGUCUCCCUCCCUCCAUGCUGCCCGAUGGAGCUGGUUGCCCUCCGGUCGGACCUGUCCGAUAGAGACCCAGGAUUGGAACCCAGAGCCUUCAGGAAGAGAGCCAUUCCCCCCGUGACCCUGCCAGGCCACCUGGCUGCUUCCCACCAGCUUCACCUGCAGCCCAACCUCGGGACUUGGGAUGCUGCUGCUUCCCAGGAAGAUCCAACACGACCCUCCCACUCCUCUCCUCUCCUUCCCCCCCAUCCGGACCCAGGAGAAAAGCUCUCCAAGGACGGCAUAUCUCCCUCUCCCACCCCCUCCCUCUCUUCCUCUCUCUCUCCUCCACUUUCUGGCCAAGGGAGGGAGAUGCUCACAGCCCAACCAAGAGACAAAAUCCCCCCCAAAAGCAUCUCUUCCCAUAUAGGCGUAGCCAGGGGGGCAGCAAAGCGAGAGGGGGCUGAGCUGGGUGGACUCGGCUUUGCAAGGGUUAAAGGGAACGGAGUUGCCUUUCUAGAGAGGACAGGUGUCUCUCCUGCAAGGGCUGCAUCGCUGUCCCCUCCCUCCUGGGAUCUGGAUUUCCUAGCACCUCUCAUUAGCACAGGCAGAACUUGGCAGAAGACAAAAGGAUUCCUUCCAAUCUCUCAGAGGCUUCCUGAGAGCACAGAUGGAUGAUCAGCACUCAGCUGGCCCUGAAGCAGGAAGAGGCCAUGCCAUCCAAACUGGGAGCAGUGGGGGAUUCUGGGAAAACCCAGUGCAGAAGAUCCUGGGUGAGGAGGACACCCUCCGCUCAGAGGGGCAGAGCCAGAAGUUGAGGCAGUUCUGCUGCCUGGAGGCCAAAGGGCCCCGAGAGGUUUGCAGCCGACUCUACCACUUUUGCCACCAGUGGCUGAAUCCAGAAAGGCACACGAAAGCUGAGAUGCUGGACCUGGUGAUCUUGGAGCAGUUCCUGGCUGUCCUUCCCCCGGAGAUGGAGAGCUGGGUGAGGGAAUGCGGAGCGGAGACCAGUUCCCAGGCGGUGGCCCUGGCCGAAGGUUUCCUCCUGAGUCAGGCAGAGGAGAGAAAGCAGAAAAAGGAUCACUUUGCAGAAAUGGACCUGGAUUCCUGUGAGGCAGAGAGGCCUCCGUUGGACACAAGACAGAGGCAGCUGGGUGACAGAAUGAUGCUGGCAAGACCUCCUUAUUCACAUUUUCAUGGGAGCAGAAGGGAAGCAGCGGCUGUGGAACCAGAUCAGGGUCCAGUGUGUUUUGAAGAUGUCGCUGUUCGUUUCACAGACGAGGAGUGGGCAUUGCUGGAUCCUGACCAGAGAGCUCUGCAUAAGGACGUCUUGGAGGAGAAUCGUGGGAUCGUGGCCUCUCUUGAUUUUGAUGAAUUGGAAAUUGAGAACAAGGGUGAACAUGACAAAAUCCCCAGAGAGGAGAAGCCAAGUAAAAAUUUGGAGUGUGGAGAGAGCUGCAGUCAGAGCUCCCAUUCCACUUCCCAACAAAUAAUUCUCAUUGGGGAAAAACUCUAUCAGUGCUUCAAAUGUGGAAAGAGCUUCAGUCAGAGUUCCCAUCUCACUUCCCAUCAGAUAAUUCAUACAGGGGAGAAAUCCUAUCAGUGUGUGGAAUGUGGAAAGAGCUUCAGUCAAAGCUACAAACUCGUUAAACAUCAGAGAAUUCAUACGGGGGAGAAACCCUAUCAGUGUGUGGAAUGUGGAAAGAGCUUUAGUCAGAGGUCCCAUCUCACUUCCCAUCAGAGAAUUCAUACAGGGGAGAAACCCUAUCAGUGCAUGGAAUGUGGAAAGAGCUUUAGUAUGAGCUCCUCUCUCACUUCCCAUCAAAGAAUUCAUACAAGGGAGAAACCCUAUCAGUGUGUGGAAUGUGGAAAUAGCUUCAGUCAGAUCUCCUCUCUCACUUCCCAUCAAAGAAUUCAUACAGGGGAGAAACCAUAUCAGUGUAUGGAAUGUGGAAAGAGCUUCAGUACGAGCUCCAGUCUCACUUCCCAUCAAAGAAUUCAUACAGGAGAGAAACCCUAUCAUUGUAUGCAAUGUGGAAAGAGCUUUGGUACGAGCUCCAAUCUCACUAAGCACCAAAGAAUUCAUACAGGGGAGAAACCCUAUCAGUGCGUGGAAUGUGGAAAGAGCUUCAGUCAGAGUGACUGUCUCAUUUCCCAUCAAAGAAUUCAUACAGGGGAGAAACCCUAUCAUUGUGUUGAAUGUGGAAACAGCUUCAGUCAGAGCAACUCUCUCACUUCCCAUCAAAGAAUUCAUACAGGAGAGAAACCCUAUCAGUGCGUGGAAUGUGGAAAAAGCUUCAGGAAGAGCUCAGAUCUCACUUCCCAUCAAAGAAUUCAUACAGGGGAGAAACCCUAUCAGUGUGUGGAAUGUGGAAAGAGCUUCAGGAAGAGCUCUGAUCUCACUUCCCAUCAGAGAAUCCAUACAGGGGAGAAACCCUAUCAGUGCGUGGAAUGUGGAAAGAGCUUCAGGAAGAGCUCCCAACUCACUGAGCACCACAGAAUUCAUACAGGGGAAGAGGAGAAGCCACACAAAAAUUUGGAGUGUGGAGAGAGCUGCAGUCAGAGCUCCCAUUCCACUUCCCAACAAAGAAUUCUCAUUGGAAAGAAACCCUAUCAGUGCAUGGAAUGCGGGAAGAGCUUCAGUCAGAGCUACCAUCUCACUUCCCAUCAGAAAAUUCAUACAGGGGAGAAACCCUAUCAGUGCUUUGAAUGUAGAAAGAGCUUCAGUAACAGCUUCUCUCUCACUUGCCAUCAAAGAAUUCAUACAGGGGAGAAACCCUAUCAGUGUGUGGAAUGUGGAAAGAGCUUCAGUCAGAGCCCCCAUCUCACUAAGCACCGGAGAAUUCAUACAGGAGAGAAACCCUAUCAGUGUGUGCAAUGUGGAAAGAGCUUCAGGACUAGCUCCAAUCUCACUAAGCAUCAAAUAAUACAUACAGGAGAGAAACCCUAUCAGUGUGUGGAAUGUGGAAAGAACUUCAUUAAUAGCUCCUCUCUCACUUCUCAUCAAAGAAUCCAUACAGGGGAGAAACCUUAUCAGUGUGUGGAAUGUGGAAAGAACUUCAUUAAUAGCUCCUCUCUCACUUCUCAUCAAAGAAUUCAUACAGGAGAGAAACCUUAUCAGUGCAUGGAAUGCGGGAAGAGAUUCAGUCAGAGCUCCUCUUUGAGUUUCCAUCAAAGAAUCCAUACAGGGGAGAAACCUUAUCAGUGUGUGGAAUGUGGAAAGAGCUUCAGUCAGAGUUCCGAUCUCACUUCCCAUCAAAGAAUUCAUACAGGGGAGAAACCCUAUCAGUGCAUGGAAUGUGGAAAGAGCUUCACUAAUAGCUCCUCUUUGAGUUUCCAUCAAAGAAUCCAUACAGGGGAGAAACCCUAUCAGUGUGUGGAAUGUGGAAAGAGCUUCAGUCAAAAGGCCAACCUCACUUCCCAUCAAAGAAUUCAUACAGGGGAGAAACCCUAUCAGUGUGUGGAAUGUGGAAAGAGCUUCAGUCAGAGCUCCCAUCUCACUAAGCAUCAAAUAAUUCAUACAGGGGUAAAACCAUAUGUGUGUGUGGAAUGUGGAAAGAGCUUCAGUCAGAGCUACGAACUCGUUAAACACCAGAGAAUUCAUACAGGGGAUAAAUCCUAUCAGUGCGUUGAGUAUGGAAAGAUCUUCAGUCAGAGCUCCCAUCUCAUUUCACAUCAGAGAAUUCAUACAGGGGAGAAACCCUAUCAGUGCGUGGAAUGUGGAAAGAAUUUCAUUAAUAGCUCCUCUCUCACUUCUCAUCAAAGAAUUCAUACAGGAGAGAAACCCUAUCAGUGCGUGGAAUGUGGAAUGAGCUUCAGUCAGAGCUCCCAUCUCACUUCCCAUCAGAGAAUUCAUACAGGGGAGAAACCCUAUCAGUGCGUGGAAUGUGGAAUGAGCUUCAGUAGAAGCGAUUCUCUCAAUUACCAUCAAAUUAUUCAUACAGGGGUGAAACCCUAUCAUUGUGUAGAAUGUGGAAAGAGCUUCAGUACAAGCUCCCAUCUCACUUCUCAUCAGAGAAUUCAUACAGGGGAGAAACCCUAUCAUUGUGUGGAAUGUGGAAAGAGCUUCAGUAUGAGCUCCCAUCUCACUUCCCAUCAGAGAAUUCAUACAAGGGAGAAACCCUAUCAGUGCGUGGAAUGUGGAAAGAGCUUCAGUCAGAUCUCCUCUCUCACUUCCCAUCAAAGAAUUCAUACAGGGGAGAAACCCUAUCAGUGUGUGGAAUGUGGAAAGAGCUUCAGUCACAGCCAAAGUCUCACUAAGCAUCAGAGAAUUCAUACAGGGGAGAAACCCUAUCAUUGUGCGGAAUGUGGAAAGUGCUUCAGUUCAAACUCCAAUCUCACUUUUCAUCAAAGAAAUCACACAGGAGAGAAACCCUAUCAGUGCGUGGAAUGUGGAAAGAACUUCAGUCAGAGCUCCCAUCUCACUCGGCAUCAGAAAAUUCAUAGAUAGUUUGGAAAAACCCUUCUGUAUAGCUUUAGACGUCACGCAAAUACGCACCUUUUUAACCAGGCCUUUGGCUGAUUGACAUCUAAUGCCCUUUUAAAAUGUUGUUGGGAGGGGGGUUAAAGAUGUGUAUUUUGUAUUUUUUUAAUGCCUUUUCUUUUUUCUUUUUUUAAUCAAACUUUAUUUCUUUUAAAUCAUAUCAAAAACAAAAACACAAAAACCUUGUCACAAGACAUUGUCAUAUGCAAACAUAUUCAAAAAAAACUUGAGAAAAGAAGAUGAGAAGAAAGGAAAAAUAGACAAAAAAAGAAAAAAUGAACAUUUUUUUUAAAAAUAAAAAUAAUCUUUAUUGAUUUCAACAGAAAAAGGAAAUUGUUUACAUACAAAUAAAAACAUACAACUGUAAUACUGGU